UCUUCUUCUUCUUCUUCCUCUUUUUUUCGAAUUUAUUUUAUUUUAAAUAUCCGCUAGGGAAUCGAACCCCUUCUUCGACCAAUGAACACUCGAUAGCCGCGCCAUAUACAUGCUCUCCCACGCGCCGCCCCCGGCUGCAUCCCACCUCGCCAACACAAAGAGAGGAGAGAUCGGCUCGGAGCUCGAGGGAGGUCCCGAAGCCAUUCUAGGGCUCUCUCGAGACAUUUCUUGCGGCGGGAUUCUAUCUUCUGGGCCGUCGAUGAGUUCUUCGGUCGCUUCUUUGACUUCUUGGUCGCCGACCCCGAUGACGCUUGCUGCCCCUCCUCGGACUUCUGGCUCGUUCGCUGGAGCGCGUAGGGUUCCAACGACUCGUGGGGCUUCGAGUUUAGGUGGCGGCAUUUCGUUAAAUUGUUUGAUUCGGUGGAUGCUGGGGCGGCGCCCGCGCUGGGUCUGCGGUUCGAAGGCUCGGGCGGUGGUGGAGCCCGUUGGGAGGGGUUGGAGGAGCGUGACGAGGAGAGCGGUUCUUGCCUCGGAUAUGGGGGCGGAGGUGGAGGUCGGGCAUUCCAGGUGUUUUCUUAGGGUGCGGAAUGAAGAAGAGCUGCUUUCUUGCAUAAGGAAGAAAGUUGAAGCUGGAAAACUUUCUUCAGAUAUUGCUACCAGACUCGAGGAACUAUUUUACAACUACUGCAAUGCUGUCAUGCAAAGCGGAGAUUCUAGUGCAAGCGAGAUCAUACUGUCAAAUAUGGCUGUUGCAUUUGAUCGUAUUCUCUUGGAUGUUGAGAAUCGCUUUAACUUUUCACCUUAUCAUAAGGCAGUACGAGAGCCUUUUGACUACUAUAUGUUUGGUCAAAAUUACUUCCAUCCGUUGGUAGAUUUCAGGACAUCAUAUAUUGGCAACCUCUCCCUUUUCUUUGACAUGGAAAAGAAGCUUAAGAAGGGCCAUAACAUUGUUUUGUUCUCCAACCAUCAGACAGAAGCAGAUCCACCGUUGAUCGCAUUAUUGCUUGAAAGAACAAAUCCAUAUCUUGCUGAAAAACUGGUUUUUGUGGCAGGAGACAGGGUUAUUACCGACCCACUUUCCAAGCCCUUCAGCAUGGGAAGAAAUCUUAUUUGUGUGUACUCAAAGAAGCACAUGCAUGAUGUUCCUGAGCUCGUUGAAAUGAAAAGGAGAGCAAAUGCUCGAAGCCUCAAGGAGAUGGCUUUGCUUUUAAGGGGUGGAUCACAGAUAAUAUGGAUUGCGCCAAGUGGUGGUAGGGACCGGCCAGAUCCACUAACGGGGAAAUGGCAUCCAGCAUCAUUUGAUGAAUCUUCAGUGAACAAUAUGAGGAGGCUUGUGGACCAUUCUGGUGUAAUGGGGCAUAUGUAUCCCCUAGCAUUGCUGUGUUAUGAGGUCAUGCCUCCACCACCAGAGGUAGAAAAGCAAAUUGGUGAGAGAAGAAAAAUUUCUUUUCAUGGAAUUGGGUUAUCUGUGGCUCCAGAAAUUAACUUUGAUGACAUUGCUAGUGGUUGUGAGAACGCUGAAGAGGCUAAGAAGGCUUUUGUUUGGGCAUUGUAUGGUUCUGUAAUUGAACAAUACAAUGUGCUUGAGUCUGCUAUAUAUGGAUUUCAAGGUCUUAAUGCAUCAAACUCCAUCAUCUCACUUUCACUGCCGUGGUCAUGAAUCUAUUGUUUGGAGCUAUUGGAUAGCAUAAAUACUGAGCUGCUUCAGACAUCUACAGCUUUUUGGAUGGGAGCACAAAUUUUCCUAUUGCAGUAAAGGCAAAUAAGCUGUGAUGCAUUGACGAGGAGCAAGGGGUCAUUUUUCUUUUCCCUAUUAGAUUGCAAUUUACAUCAAACUGCCGGAUCAGACUUGGAUGCAUAUUGUAGUCAGGUUACCUGCAGAGGAGGUGCCGUCUCCUUUUGGUAGCUCCAGCAACAAAAGACAUUAUAAGUCUAGCUGGUGCCUUGCUUCGCUUUCUUCCCAACAACCCUAUCCUCGGCACUAACCUAUUCUGUAAGAAAACAAUUACAGCAGAGACAUGCCUCUUGUUUCAGACGUCAGGAGAUUCGGAACUUCAAAGGCAUGAACUAUUACAACAAUUCAAAUACCUGACACAUAUUACUAAAUCCAUCGUGGUCAAGCUCCUUUUGUACAAAUGUACUCUGUAUUUGCCCAUGCAUCAUACUCCGCAAUUUUUGCUGCUUGUAUCGAGGUGCUGCAAUCCAAUUUCUUCUUAUUAAGCUCA